UCAUUUUUAUUCGGGGCGAAAUAUUGUGGACGAGUCGAAUUAACACAUCUUAUUACUAUAAUGCAAGAUAACUUAUAAUGGGCUUAAAUAAAUACUAAUAUCAAUAUCGAGACUAAGCAUGACUGGAUUGAAGUUGUCGGCCGUACCUGGAGUUAGGUUAGCCCCAACGUCACGACGACCAGCUUAGGUCAACUCGGGGACCUCAGCCCAACUCGGGGACCUCAGCUCAACUCGGGGACCUUGACAGAACGAAAUCUCUAUCCUCGUCCCCGUCUACCCUUCCAUUAGUAAAUCCUUCCCAACUACUUUCACCUAUAAGAGCCAUGGCCGCCAGCCUCCUAUCCCACCAACACGCUAAUCCCUAUACUCCCAUCGUUAAGCCAUGGCAGCCCCUCACCAACGGAACGGACAUUAUGUCCAGCAACAGGAUACCUACUCCCCAGAUCUCGAGCGCCGACCUACUGACGCGCACCUGCGGAAUACUACAGUGAAGAAUUUUGCAUGGCAGGACAUUACUGUCACCGUCAAGGACAAUAAGACGAAGGAGCCCAAGGCCCUCUUACAGGGCGUUAGCGGGAUUGUAAAUGCAGGCGAAAUAUGCGCCCUAAUGGGCCCCUCCGGCUGUGGCAAAACCACCCUCCUCAACGUCCUUGCCCACCGCGCCGCCGCCUCUGGAGCCGACACUACGGGCUCAACGCUCGUGGAUGGCGGCGCCGUGUCGACCGAGGCGUUUCGCCGGAUGAGCUCAUACGUUGAGCAGGAGGAUGCGCUCAUCGGCUCGUUGACCGUGAAGGAGACGAUGAUGUUUGCUGCGAGGUUGGGAGGCGCGAGUGGAUUGUCUAAAUCAGAGAGAAUGGAUCGUGUAGAUGGCCUGCUCGAUGCAUUCGGACUCCGUAACCAAAGCGAUACGCUCAUUGGGACUCCGAUUAGAAAGGGGAUCAGUGGGGGUCAAAAGAGGCGAGUCAGCGUUGCCAGCCAGCUGAUCACAGGCCCGAAGCUGUUGUUCCUGGAUGAACCGACUAGUGGCCUUGAUUCCGCCGCCAGCUGGGAGGUAAUAUCGUUCAUCAAGAGCAUUGCGCAGAAGAACAAUUUGAUCGUUAUAGCCUCCAUCCACCAGCCCUCCUCUUCCACCUUCCGCCUCUUCGACAAAGUCCUCCUCCUAUCCUCCGGCCGCCCACACUACUUCGGCUCUGUCCCCGACCUAGCCCCUUUCCUCGAGACGAUGGGCCACCCCGUCCCCCUCCAAACCAACACCGCCGAGUUCGUCCUUGAGCUAAUGAACGUCGACUUCGCGCCCGACCAAGACGCCGCGAGGGCACAGCUGGACGGAAUGCAAGAGGCAUGGGAGGCGUCUUCCAUGUCCGCAGCUAUCGGGACAGAAAUCGGAAUCGUCGCCCAGAAAUGCAACAAUAGUAAAACAGCAUCCGACGCCAAAGGCGCCCGUGCAAGCUUCCUCACUAUAGUACUAGCGCUGCUACAUCGCUCCUUCAUCAAGAGUUAUCGCGAUGUUGUCGCCUACGGCAUCCGCAUCGCGAUGUACCUCGGUCUCGCCAUCAUGAUGGGCACCGUCUGGCUCCGCCUCGGAGACGACCAGCGCUUCAUCCAGCCCUUCAUCAACGCCAUCUUCUUCGGGAGUGCAUUUAUGUCCUUCAUGGCCGUCGCCUACGUGCCCGCCUUCCUCGAGGACCGGGCGACGUUUGUAAAGGAACGGGCGAAUGGACUGUAUGGCGCGCUCCCAUUCGUUGUGGCGAACUUCCUCAUAGGGCUACCAUAUUUAUUUCUCAUCACAGUACUGUUUAGUAUUGUGGCAUACUGGUUGUCGGGGUUUGAACCGACAGCAAAUGCAUUUUUUACUUGGAUCAUGUGGUUAUUUUUGGAUCUGCUGGCUGCGGAGAGUUUGGUAGUGUUGGUGUCGUCCUUGUUUCCUAACUUCGUCGUGGCGCUCGCGCUGACCGCCUUCGCCAACGGACUCUGGAUGAGCGUCGGCGGCUUCCUCGUUCCUCCCACCGUCCUCAAUGUCUUCUGGUACUACGCGUUCUCGUUCAUCGACUACCAGCGCUGGGUGUUCCAGGGCAUGAUGGUGAACCAGUUCCAGAACCAGACGUAUGGGUGUGGCGUGGGGUGUAAUUGUAUGUACCAGACUGAUCUUGCGUCCCAGUGUCGGAUUGAGGGGACGGGGAUACUGGGUCAGUAUGGGUAUGCGACUAAUCGACAGGGACGCUGGGUGGGGAUCCUUAUUGGGAUUAUUGCCGGAUACAGAAUACUCGGCUGGCUCGUGUUGGUUUUCCGGAAGUAGGAGGGGAGGAAUUUAUGGAGGUAAUGUUUAAAAGUUUUGUGAGUGAGUCGUGGUAUGAUAAUGGGCUGGCUAAAUCUACUCUGUUGUUUAUAUUUUCUUCACGCAAAAUAGUCUCGCGUCUGUGUUAGUAGCUCGUUACGCUCAAGAGAGGAGUCUGUAC